AUGACAACACUGAACGGCCUGAGAGGAAGAGGAGAAACAGGGUUAGUUUUUAGUCCCCAAAGCCUGAAUGGAGAUGAAGACGAGAACGAAAACCCACCUGCGGUAAGCUCACUCAAAAAAGUUCACAGUUACAUCAGAAAGGAUUUACUUCAUUUUACUGUUUGUAACCAGGUUUUACUAAGUGUUUUCGCCCAGAACGGAGAGGUGGCCCUUUGCUUCUAUGACAGCACUGACUCCUCUUUACACUACAUGAAAGACACUCCUGACGACCACGAGCUCCACCUACUGGCCAGAGGUGAGAACUACACCACCUGCUGCAAACGCUAUAAACAAAGGCUGAUUUUAACAGAAAUUAUAAUUAAUUUUUGAACUAUAAUUUGUGCCUGCCCUAUUAAACUGUGUGUGUUUUUUCCUCCUUUCCAUUAUGUUUAGUCAUCCAGGAGGUUAAUCCCCAUGUUAUUAUUACCUGUGCAAAGCAGCAGCACUGCAUGGCACGUUUCCUUCAACAACUAAGUAAGUUUUAGGAGACAGAAGUAAUUUCACAAGAGAGUGGGUAAAAAGUAUAAUGUCACAUAUGUUUUUUUUUUCUUUUUUGCUUGUGAACACGAAGUCUGACUCUGAAGUGAAUUUAGGACACUUGACAGCAAGCUUGUAUAAUGAGCAAAAAUUGUUUCAAAUCUUGCACUCUUUUUUAUCAAGCUGUAAAUGAGCACAUCAUACUGACACUAUUCUUCAUUGAUUAUAAUUGUUUUUUUCACACCACCAAUAAUUUCCUUUUUACCUCUUUGGCGAAUUUAAGGUGCAAACCCACAAUACAAACCAGAAGUGGUUACCUAUCCGUUUGUUGACUUUGGUAAAUAUUCACCCAGCAAUGCUCAAAUUUGCUCACAAAGUUUAAGACAGGAUUUUCCAAAAAUAACAGAAGUUUGAAACCUGUCAUGAAUCUUACAGGUCUAGAGGUUGGUAAGCAGAGGCUGCUGUCGGCAAACCUUCCUUUCCUUCCUGCCUCCAUUUCGGAGAGAGACAAAAUGUCCUACCUCUCCUCCUGUAUCUCCUUUGACUUACCCCUGAUGGUGAGCCAUCUGUCCAAAUAUCAUCCUAUCAAUCAGCCAGUCCCUGUGCAGGACUUCUUGUGAGCUAUCCAUCAUUUUCUUGUGUUUUUCGUGUGUGUGUGUGUGUGUGUGUGUGUGUGUGUGUGUGUGCGUGUGUGUAGCUGAGGGCAGUGGGUGCUUUGCUCAAAUGUCUGGACAGGAGGAGAGUGGGAGUGGAGCUGGAAGACAGCAGUGUUGGAGUUCCGAUCCUGCAGUUUCACGCCUACACACUGUGAGACACACAUUUAUUUAGUUUUGCGGACACACACACACACACACACACACACACACACACACACACACACACACACACACACACACAGAUAGAGCUGCGAUAACACAUUGUCCCUAAUGAGUUUCUCAAUGAACAGUGCCUUUCACUGCUCUGUAUUCAGCUACUCAAAUAAGCAGUAUUGUUGUAUAUUUUAGGCUCUGUGUCAAGUCUUUCUAUUUGAUCAAAAGUAAAAGACAUCUGUCACAUGUAAUGCUGGAGUUUUCAUGCACAACAAAUCUUGCUUGCUUUGUUUCUUUCCAUUACAGUAAAGGUGUUGUUUGCAUUGACCGAGACACCUACAGGUGAGAGUUUCAGCAUAGUCUCUGUAACAUUAAGCGUUGUUUAUCCUAGAAGCUGACUCUUGACUCCUGAAUCUCUUUUCACUUUAUAGAGAAAUUGAUGUAUCACGACUAUUAACUUAACAGAAGAUAUUAACCGUUGUCAUAAACUUACUUUUCUGAAACCUUCCAUUUUUCAAUUAUCUAUAACAUGCAGUUUUUCAGUCAGUCAACAAAGUUUUAAUUUUCAAGCUUUAAUUCAUAACAUGUUAUCACAAGAUUCCAAAGUGAUAGCUACUGUACAAAGAGUUUUGACUUGUGUUUUAUAUUCUUGUCUUUGCUGCUAUUUCCAUAAUGUGGUUUGGCACCUUUGGUGAUAAACACUAUUUCUAUAAAAUUAAUAAACAAGUCAAAUUGCGGUACAUACACCAUGUUUAUCUUCAGAUAAGGCUGGCACAAAUAAAAAAAAGAAAGUAAUGAAGCUCUCAUGGUUGACUUUGCAUUUGUUUCAGUGUUCUGCAAAUCUUUAAGUCAGAACUUCACCCGUCGGUAUACAAGCUGCACUCUGGUGAAAAAGAAGGACUCAGUCUUUAUGGUAUGACCCCGUGAAGGUAACAACCCAUUCUGUGUCCUCUAGUUGUGUUUGCAUGAACUGCUAGAACUAAUUGUAUGUUGCAGGGAUACUGAACCGCUGCAGGUGCAAGUUUGGUUCCAAACUGCUACGGUGAGUAACAAAUCUCACAAACAUCCAGAUUUAGAUUUAACUAAAAAGUAAGAUUAAGACAUCAGUUUCUAAUAUUUAAACAAUUACCUAAUAUUUUAAAGUUGAUUUGUGGUUGAGGACAUGAAACACAAUAAAAAAAAAAACAUAACCAAAGCAACAUAAUAAACUAAAGUUUACUUAGAAACACUUAAGUAGUUUGUGAUUCAGGCAGAACAUUUAUGUUUGAAUCAAGGAUGUCAAAGUUUGUUGCUGCUGCUUGUGUCUACAGCAAUUAAAUCCCCCACCCCCUUCUUAUUGCAUCAUCUGUUUUUGGUGCUGUCAACAAUUUUAUUAUCAAGACACAGAUUUUAAUCCCAGCUUUAACUUUUCAAACACACAACUUUCAUUUAAAAUGUGGAUUUUACACAAUUGUAUUUUUUAAAAUCAUUUUUAUUUUAGUAGAAGUAGUACAGAUUUAAUGAAUGUCCCCUCAUCUGUUAGUGAGUGGUUUCUGCGGCCAACACAGGACUUGGCUGUGUUACGCAGGAGACAGGAAGUGAUUUGUUUCUUCACGUCACCCCGGAACUCUGACACCCUGAGCACCCUGCAGUCCUCACUGCGCAACAUCAGCAACAUACCCGUAACAAGCAAUGACCUCCUUUGUUCUCUACAUCUGUUAACAUUUAUUCUUUUCCCUGCUGUGUCACCCACUGAUCAUGGAAACUUUGUCUUGCCCUAAAGCUAUUCUGUCUAUUUGUGUGUUUGUGUGUGUGUGUAUGUGUGUUUAUUAGACUCUUCUGCGCAGGAUGUCUCUCUCUCACACCAAAGUCACAGACUGGCAGAGUCUCCACAAGGUUGGACCUACAGCACUGCCACAUUCCUUCUUGGAGGUUCUGUGAAACUUGAACAACAUGUUGUGUUUGUGUGUUUUUGUCAGACACUGUACAGUAUGGUGUGCAUCAUGGACACAGUGCGACACUUGCCUCAGUCCAUUCAGCUCUUCCAUGAUAUUAGUGACGGCUUCUCUGAUGACCUCCACUACAUUGCCUCCCUCAUCAGCCGUGUGGUGAGACACACCUUGAUUCACAGCUGUAAAUCUUGGAUAAAUCUUGACCAGAUUUUUUAGGAAAAUUUCAGUGUGAGCAGGUACUACUCCACUUUUAGGUGGAUUUUGAGAGCAGCAUAGCAGAGAACCGCUUUACUAUCAAGCCUAACGUGGACCCGGCAAUCGAUGAGAGUAAGAACCUUAAUACUGAAAUUAAAUCUGGUGUGUAUAAAUAAUAAGAUGAUAUAUUUCAUGGUCAGCUAAAAAUUUGAUUAAAUCUCUUAAUUAAAUCCUUCCUGUUUCAGAGAAGAGGCAGAUGAUGGGCUUGUCUGACUUCCUGACAGAUGUAGCAAGGAGAGAGCUUGAACACCUGGACAAUCGCAUCCCCUCCUGCUGUGUCAUCUACAUCCCUCUGGUCUGAGUUUAACAUCUACACCACUUCCAGCUGAAAUUCAUCUUCCUAACAGUUACACUUUUAUUUGUUUUUGUCCUGAAUCAUACUACAUAAUCUGUUGUUGUCACAAAGAUAUUGCAGAAUCAGUUUCAGUCGAGCAUCUCACAGGUCAGCAAGAGUCAAUGAUGAAUUUCUCCAUGUAGAUAGGGUUCCUGCUCUCUGUCCCUCGCCUUCCCAGCAUGGUAGAGAAAGAGGAUUUUGAGAUAGAGGGGCUUGAUUUUAUGGUUUGUGUGUGAGCUUGUUUAUAUUUCUUGAUUUGUUUGCAUUUUUUGAAAAUGACCUCUACACUAGCCCUACUACACUUUUUCAUUGUGUUUAUGUGUGUGUGUGUGGGGGGGGGGUAGUUUCUGUCAGAGGAUCGUCUGCACUACCGCAGCCAGAGAACUAAAGAGCUGGAUGACCUUCUUGGAGACUUGCACUGUGACAUUAGAGGUAAUUUAUCAAAACUUUUGCCCCUCUAUUUUGUAAUCAAAUAUACUGAAGUCAACAAAAGCACUUCCUGUUUUCCAGACAUGGAGACAGCAGUGAUGACACAGCUGCAGAACACAAUUCUGGAGAGGAGUGCAUCCAUCUACAAGGUUUGUUUGCAUCCCCUCCAGGCACUUGGUUAUGCAUGUUUUUGGUGUCUGUUGUGACCAGAAUUAAAGUUUCUUUUGAAUGUGCCACAAACUAUAAUAAUGAAACAGGUCUGUAGGUUUCUGCAAAUAGGUGGUAGUCCAUUACAGGCUUUAAAUGCUGAUUUUAUGGCUUUUUUUUCCAGACAGAAAGUACAUUAGAGUCUUGCCCCGAAUAACUGUUUAUAAUACUGUGGCAGAUUUCAGCAUUGCAGUUAAAUUAACAGCCUUUAUGAAAACACAGACUUACAGUGUUUUCCUAUUACCUAUUAAGAUUUAUUAGAGUAGAAUUUAACAUCACCCCACUUUCACUGCAAACACACAGAUUCCAAAACAGCAAAAAUCAAAACAUCCAAAACAAAUUCUUUUUUUUUUUUUUGCAAUCUCAUUCAAGGUUUUCUGAACUCUCAAUUACAGACAUGAAUGUUUUCCCUUCAAAUGUGGCUAAAUACAACUCAAUAAGUCAUGCAGAGUACUCAUAAGUCUGUGAAUACAAGCGCCUCACUUUCAUCUACAACCAGCUCUGUAAAGAGGACAGUCAGUCCCUUUAUUGUGUGUUUUGUAGGUUCUGGAUCUUACUGCUGAGCUGGACUGUUUAAUGGCUAUGAGCAGCGCCUCUCAAGAAUACGGCUACACCUCGCCAAAACUAACCAGCCAAAGGAGUAUAACAGUCAUACAGGGAAGGUAAGCCUUUAAUUAAGAAGCAGGAAUUGUGUUUAUUUAGGAAUGCAGUGUGUGAUUCAUAAAGGUAUUUUUAAAAAACAUUUUUUCUAGACACCCUCUCUUAGAGUUGUGCUCCCCUGUAUUUGUGGCCAACUCCUUCCAGAGCUCUGAGUCGCACAGCAGAGUAAAAAUUAUCACUGGGCCAAACUCAUCCGGCAAAAGCAUCUACCUCAAACAGGUAAGCCAGUCAGAAAUUACCUUCUGGUCUUCACAGUUGCUUCUAAGUUUAAUAUUAUGAGUCGUGGAAAGAGUGGUGACAUUUAGGUCUUCAUCAACUCAACGAUAUCUGCCUUAGCAUGUCUGUGUAUGUGUAUGUGUAUUACCCCACAGUUACAUAGGCCUGCUGGCUUGGAAUUUGCUUGUCAUUGGUGGGUUUGGGAUUUUGAGAUCACUGUUUUUGUUUUGUUUUUCUGGACAAUGAGGGCUGUUUCACUAAGAAUGCAUUGUGGCUGCUCGUAACAUCAAGAAUUGGGCAUUAUUUGCGCCUGCUCUCUGCAGUGUUUCAUGGUCUAGUUCACAAAGCAAAUAGCUGAUCUCCAUUCUCUUUGUUUCAAGUUACACCAUCCCUUUUUGAUUUGUCUUUGGCAGGUGGGUCUUAUAGUGUUCAUGGCUCUGAUCGGCUCAGACGUGCCUGCUAAGGAGGCAGAGAUCGGUCUUGUAGAUGGGAUCUUUACCCGCAUGCAGAGCAGAGAGUCUGUGUCUGUGGGCCUUAGCACCUUCAUGAUAGACCUAAACCAGGUACCCAAGACACUCACACAAGCUUUAUUGUGUAUGUGUGUGUAGGUGUGGAAAUAAAAGAUGUGAACUUUCAACACUACUGGCCUCCAGCUUCACUCCCACUUUCCACCUGUCAAGACAUUUUUAUGCAGAAACUACAGCCUACAACCAAAACACACACCAAACAUACACACACUAAGAUAGCACAGUGUGGUAUAACAGUUUGUGUGUCUAUUCUCCAGAUGGCCCAGGCUGUGAACAGCAGCACCGGCAACUCAUUAGUUCUUGUUGAUGAAUUUGGAAAAGGAACCAACACGGUAAGAAGAAACGUGCUCCUACCCUUUGUGAACACAAUACAUAUGUAGACUCUUAACAAGGACACACAGUGUCAUCAAACUCAAAGAGCCUGGAAACAGUUUCAGACGAUACUCUGCCAUUUGGAGCUGCAGCACGAACAGACCUUUAGUUCAGCCCAACAUGUGCGACCUAUGAGGAGCAAAAUAGCGGCUGCUGUCGAGACCUUGAGGUGAACAAUAGAGGUGUUAAUGUUUGCCACCUACAGAUAAGGGCUGUAAUAAUGCAGCAUUGGGGCUUGAACUAGAGGUGUGGAUAAAGGUCAGAAGAAAUACAUCAAUGAAAAUGAUUGAAGUGGCCUAAAAGGGUCCGUUUCAGUCCUCUUCAUUGAUACUAAAAAUAAGAGUUUGAUUUCAAUAUAAUAAACAUUUUUAUUCUGACCAAAGACAGUAAGAGGUAGCCUAUAUUGAUGGAACAGAGAGUAUCUGUUGUACCACUUGGCUUUAUUCAGCAUAACAACAUUUUUAACUCAUUGUGAAGCUGUCUCUCUAACAAAGUUAGUGUUUGAGUCUCCACUCACCGCUCUAACAGCUGUGUUUUAGCUGCAGCAGGCAGAUGUUUUCAGCUAAAAGAUGACUGUAUACUUCUUUCUUCCCACCAAACAGCCAGCCCACUCAAUUAACAACUGGCUAGUGAGUGUGGUGGUCACCAAAAACAGCUAAGAGAGUAAACAGGCUUGAUUUGUUCCAGAAAAAGGAACUAGAUGAAUGCUCUUUCUGUUCUUGCUGUGUUGCACUUACUCUCAACUGUAUGUUGCUUUGGACAAAAGCUUCUGCUGAAUAACAUUGUAACUGAUGAAUAAUCUUUACCAUUGUUGUAGUUACAGGGUUAAUUUAAUGAGCUCUAGGUGAAAAAAGGGGGACAUCUGUUCGGUGGACCUUUAAAUCCACUGACACUGGGUAGGAAUGUCAUGUUAAUUGGUUUAUUGGUGGAACCAGCUCAGCCUCGUGCUAUCAUGAGUUAAAAGCUUAACCUUAUAAGAGCUAAGGGUAUUAAACAGACUAAACACUGUCAUGUCAUGACUUCUAGAUAAGUUACUGCUUCAAACAACGUGAAGAUAAAAGAGUCAAAGUGACAUGUGUGAAAUGUCCACCUCUAGAAGUUGUUUGUUUCAGCCUUUAUGUCCAAUGUGGAUGUAUUUUCUGUAUCACAGAGGUUUGUUUUGCUUUGAUAAGUGACACACACAAACACUCAACAUCUCACCACUCGAUGAAAAAGUUCUGGGACUUUAGUGUAACUCUUAAUGCUCCUUUAAUCAAUCAGUGACAUUUGUGUUAAUUUACACUUUUCAAAGAGAUACAGAAAAACUUGAUUAACAGCAACUUCAUUAAUACAGUGUAAUGCUGUCUAUACAGGUGGAUGGAUUGUCCUUGCUGGCUGCAUCUAUCACUCACUGGUUGAGAACAGCUCCGGUGAAUGUCCCACAUGUGCUGUUGGCCACCAACUUCCAUAGUUUGCUGCAGCUUGGCCUCCUACCAUCCUCCAACCUGCUGUCUCUGCUGGUACUAAAAAAAAGUCUUCUUCUCUGAUCUGAUAGAGUGUAGCCCAAAGGAUUUUGUAAAUGCAGAUUCCUGGUGGUAGACUGAUGCACUAUGGUAUAAUGUUGAAAGGAAAACUUCCAAGGGACUAAUUGGCUUUAGGGCUUCUCUUGAGAUUUGUUAUACACCAUUAAAAGUUCAUUUAAUAAGUAUGACGAUUUGUUUGUUUGUCUGGCUGCAUAUUAAUGUGUGUUUGCGUAGACUCUAGAGACAGCAGUGGAUGGUGAUGAGUUGGUGUUUUUGUACCAACUGAAAGAAGGGAUCUGUCAGUCCAGCUACGCUGCCAACAUCGCCACUCUGGCCGGCCUGCCAAACAGCCUUGUACAGAGAGGAGUGGAGGUAAACACACAGAGACAAACACAGAUAGAUACUUACACAGAAAGAUUGUUUCUGGAUCUGUGUGUCUGGUUAGGUGUCUGAAUUGUACAGGACAGGACGACCCGUCAAACGAAUUAACAGGGCGACAUCAGAUGCGCAAGCAAACAGGUUUGUCACAUUCAGCUGCACAGAAUGGCAAAAAUUAAAAAAAAAAAAUAUUAAAGUCGAGUGUGUCAAAAAGAUGAGUUUGUGUUUGUGUGACUGACAGAUGCAAGUCCUUGGUGGAGAAAUUCCUGAACCUUGACCUGGAGGACAAAGAUUUGGACCUUCAGCAUUUCAUGAAAGAGGAGCUCCUGCCCUCUGCUGGGGAGCUGCUGAACCGCAGUUGA